GCCGCCGCCAUGAGCCGCCCGCAGCCCGGAUUUCUUGCAACCUACAACAGCCUUACAGACAAACACCUGGUUGGAUAUUUCAGCAAUACCCGGAUAAGACGACACCUUCAGAAAUCAGGACUGAUCUCGAGGAGUGGCAGGAUCAUUCCCGAGAAGGAAUACCGGCUGAACGCCAUGAGGAAGGACCAGCAGCAGCAGGUGCAGGAGUGCCUGGCUCGGGCCAUUUUCCACAAGGUCCUUGACAUGGAGCGUCAUCAUCAGCUGGAAAUAAAAAGGAAACUUGAAAAUUCUCUGAGGAAAGAGAGGGUGCAGAAAAUCAAGGUGGAACACACCAGGAAGUCAGUGGGAGGUGCCAUCCCCUCGUGCUCCCCACAUCCUCCUCCGGGCCCAGGGAAUCUCCAGGGGCUGCACCCGCCGGUGGCUGGAGCGGCCGCUCCCUUCCCCGCGAGGGCACCCGGAGCUGCCGAUGGUGGUGGGCACCCCUCUCAUCAGCACCCAGCCAAGCAGCCUGCCUUCCCUGCCCUGACUUCCUGGCGGCCGAGGACAGCUCCGGGAAUCCCGCCGCGCCCGCUCCGCCUGCAGCCGCUGCGCAGCGGGGCCGCCGCUCCCAGCCCCGCGGGCUCGGGGCUGCAGGGCCGGCAGCUCGGUACCGGGGGGAGCCGGCAGCUCGGUACCGGGGUGAGCCGGCAGCUCGGUACCGGGGUGAGCCGGCAGCUCGGCACCGGGGGGAGCCGGCAGCUCGGUACCGGGGGGAGCCGGCAGCUCGGCACCGGGGGGGAGCCGGCAGCUCGGUACCGGGGUGAGCCGGCAGCUCGGUACCGGGGGGAGCCGGCAGCUCGGUACCGGGGUGAGCCGGCAGCUCGGUACCGGGGUGAGCCGGCAGCUCGGCACCGGGGUGAGCCGGCAGCUCGGUACCGGGGGGAGCCGGCAGCUCGGCACCGGGGUGAGCCGGCAGCUCGGUACCGGGGGGAGCCGGCAGCCCAGGGGGAGAGGAGUGGGUUAAGACAUAGGAAUUGUGUGGAAUAUGUGACUGGUAUAUCCCCAUAUCAGCUCCCCAUCAUCAGCAAUCCUGUGGCACCAGCACCUCCUCCCCCUCUGCCAAAAGGAGACAGGAGCAGAAAUGCAGUGAGGAGUGGGAUGCUCAGAGGCAGAUGGUUCCGUCCCACCACUGCACCAAAUGACCUAGAGCAACUCUUAACUAAGGGUUCUGGAGGACCCCCCAAGGCCUCGUUCCGCAGCAAUGCCUUUGUUACCAUGGUCUUUCUAGGGAAAAGUGUGCACUUAUCUCAUGAUGAUGCUGACUACAGAGAUGAAAUCAAAGUCUACCAGCAGCACUGUGGAGGAGAAAACCUUUGUGUCUACAAAGGCAAGCUCUUGGAAGGAGAGACCUUUCAGUUCGUCUCAAAGAGGCACCACGGGUUCCCCUUCAGCCUCACCUUUUUCCUCAACGGGAUCCUAGUGGACAGGCUGAGCUGGUGCUGUGAGUACAAACACCAGAAGCGCUCCAGGCUGGGAGGCAGACGUGGGCACUUCGGGUUUCUCAGUGUGGAGGGAGCAGCUCCUUGCUACAGGUGCAUUAUUGCAAUGGGUCUGGACAAAAAGCCAUCCCCUCCCAAGAGAAAGAUCGAAGCCCAGGAGGAAAAGCAUGUGGGUUCCUGGAGAGAUGGAGAGCACAGUGAGCCAAGUGCAAGCAGUGAUGAGCAGAAACCUAGCAAAGAGUCAGUGUUAGUCAUCUUGCCAAUUCAUGAAGUGAGUGUGGAAACUGUUGAGGACACAAUGGAGACUGGACUAGAGUGCAGAGGAGAAGAAAGGAAAAACCUGUCUGAUCGUGAGAGUGAAGAUGGUCAGGAAGACAAUGGCAAAAAUGAGUAUGAUGAAGAUUUUGAAGCAGAUGAAGACAGUAAUGAAGAGGGACAGACUGGUGAUCAAAUGAAUGGAAGGUCUAAGUCAAUCUCAGAUGAUAAAAACCCUAAUUCAGACCAUGAAAAGGAGGGUACCAACUCCUCACGGAACGUUCUGCCGGCCUCCGACAGUGAGAAAGAUGAAAGUGAUGAAUGUUCUGACAUCGACUCAGAGGAUGAUAAAGAAGGUCGGAGGCCUGCCCGCUCGCUCUCCCCCGGCUGCAGCGGCGAAGAUGAAUCUCCUAGUGACACGAUGACAGAGGGUGUGAAGGACAAAGAGGAGCAGCAUGUCCAAAGGGCACCUGGGAACGCAGCACGUGCACGGCAUGGAAAUGAGGACAGGGAGGAGAAACUGCUCAGGAUGGAGGAAAUUCAGGAAACAUUGGCACUGGAAAAGGAAGGAAAAGAUGAAGCAGAAAAGGCAAAGCCAGAAGAUGUAACAGCAGGGGAAGACAGUGGAAUUUUCCCUGAAAACAGGGUGGCAAUACAGUAUCAAAGUCCUGAAGGCAGUGGGGAGCUCCAACAGGCUGGGUCAGCAGAAAGUAACACAGGGGAAGAUGGGGAGAAGAAUGCGAGUACCAGAAGGGAUGAUGGGGUGGAAAGUCUUCCAGUGGCUUUGGAAAGCAGCGUGACUGAAGUGGAGGACAGCAGUGAGGAGGCUCCUGGGCAGGCAGGAGCACCAGAUGGAGCCUUCUUGGCAGAAGGAACAAGGACACUUGAUGUGCAGAAGGCAGCAGAACAAGUGGUACGAGAAGGGCAGAUGGCAGGGGAGAGACAGGCACUGGAGAAGGAAGGUUCUGUAGCUGAGGGAAGAGCUGCUGGCUCCACAGAGGCAGGAGGAGAAACGGGCCAGGCGGGAGAGGUGCUGCCCCGGGAAGAGGCCGUGUCUGUGCUGCAGGCCCUGGAGGAACCUGCACCUGAGGAGAGCAGCGUGGCAGGAGGAGAUCCCCAAGGAGAUGGGACAGGGAAGGGAAUGGAGUCUGGCACAGCAGGGGCACCUGAGGAGCAGGAAGUCCUGGUGGAGGCAAGGGACAGCGAGGCAGCACUGGGAGAGCUGGCACCAGGGGGAGAGGAGCUGGCAGUGACACUGGGCAGCAGGGAGGCAGGUGGAGCAGUGUCCGAGGGGGACGAGGAGGCUGGGGAGGACUCGGAGGGAGAAGAGGCUGCAGAGGAGAUCUCUGAGGCAGCACUGGGGGCUGUGGGAGCCUCAGAGGUGGAGGAGGCAGCGGGUGAGACAGUGUCUGGGGGAGAGGAGGCUGUGGAGGGAGGGAAGGGUGUUGUGGUGGGUGAGACAGUGUCUGGGGGAGAGGAGGCUGUGGAGGAGGGAGGUUCUGCAGGGAGGGGUGUUGUGGUGGAGGCUGUGUCUGGGGCAGAGGAGGCUGUGGAAGAUGCCAACUUGUCAGAAGGGAUUGCUGGCUUAGCUGGCCCUGAAGAGGCUGUAGAUGAAGCCAUUUCUGAAGGGAAGGACACAGUGGAGAAGCCUGGGGCUCUCCUGGAAGCCUUAUGGGAUACGAGUGCUUGCACAGGAGAAGCAGUGCCUGCUGGAGAAGACACUAUAAAGCCAAAUGAGUUUUCCCAACUGAAUGCAUCAGGGGAAGAGCUGAUGGAGAUGGAGAAAGCUGCCACAGGAGCAGCAACAUCUGAGGCUGGCGAGGCACCGGAGGUAGAAGUGACCUCUCUCCUGAGAGCAGAGGAUGCAGUGGAGGAGACUGUGGGUCCUGUCAAGGGUUCUGUGUUGCAAGAAGCACCUGGAUUAGAGGCACUGGUGGGUGCUGGAGUGGAUCCCGUAAGUGAAGAGUCGUCUCAGCUGGAGAAGACUACAACAGUGGAGGAGGAGGGGGGCUCAGCAGAAGCACUUCUGAGUGGAAACCCAUCUCUAGGCAGCAAAGCAAAGGCAGAGAGUCCAAGGGAAGGUGGAGAGGAGAGGAGUGUAUCGGUGGAGACAGCCAGGGCAGGGUCAGGAGGUCAGGAGGAGGUCCUGGCUGGAGCAGCAGGUCCCAGGGAGCCGGCAGCUGGGGUGGGGGAGUUGCUAGAGGGUGCUGAAGAGAGCGGGAGGGAGAGGCUGGGGGGUGAGGGGCUGGCGGCUGGGGGGCUGGCAGCGGGGGGGCUGGCGGUUGGGGACGUGGGGGGCUCUGCCCCGCUGCUGGCCCUGUGGCUGAGCGUGAGCCGGGGAGCAGCCAGGCCAAAACGUGGGAGAGAGGGAGGCAGCGGGUGUCUUGGAGAGUGCAGGGAGCAGUUCUGGGGCCAGGGAGCCGAGGAAGGACAGUCCUGUCGGAGGGAGCCCCGAUGCCCCGGGAUCUGCCGGCCUGAGCCCCAGGAGCUGUGGGUCCCGAGAGGAUGUUGUGGAACCAGACACUGUUGUCACGCCCCCAGUACCGCCCCAGGAUGGGGAAGAAAGUGUCUUCUAAGCCUUUUCUGCAGCUCCUUCAGUGCAACAUUUACUCAAAUGGCUAUAGAUUUACUUGCGCAGGUUGGGAUGUUCACUCCUUCAUUUUACUCCACGACCAUCUGUCACGUUUCACUAGAGCAGCCUCUUGGUGUGCAAUAGACAACUGAAAUAAGCCUCUCUUUGCCAGCCCAGGAAACAGCACUCCUUUGGAAUUGUGAAGACAAUAAUAAUAGGGAUUGUUUCAGAGCUGUCAUGCUUGUUUUUCCCAAAACAGAGAAGUAUUUGGCUGUUGGAACCUCCCGUUCUCGGGUGAGCUGAGGGUGACUGUGUGUGUGUUUCUGCAGGAGGUGUCUGACUGCUCAGUGUCUGCUCCCCUCCUCGGCCUCUCUGAGCUGCUGACUCCUGCCGGGGAGCGGGGCUGGGUCCUGGUUGCCGCGCUCAGGGCACUGGUUCUGCUGAGAGCCCCGGGGUGUGCAGAGGGGGCCUGGCAUGGGGGUGUCCAGCAUGGGCAGGGGCUCGGGAAGGUG